GCGUCACGACGACAGUCGUUUUAAAAAAAGGCCCUUUCUUCGCAGUAGAGUCGUUACGGCGGUCUAACGGAGUGAUAUGUCAGCAAUGGAGCAGCUUUGCAAACUUUUCGUUGGCGGCCUGAACGUCCAAACAACUAACGAUGGUCUCCGCGCUCAUUUUGAACAGUAUGGGAAACUAACGGACUGCGUGGUGGUCCAAAACGACCAACUUCAGCGGUCUCGUUGUUUCGGCUUCGUAACGUACUCCACCUCAGAGGAGGCUGAUGCAGCAAUGGCCGCCAGGCCACAUGUGGUAGACGGUAAAACCGUGGAGCUGAAGAGAGCCGUGGCUCGGGAAGACGCCGGAAAGCCCGAAGCUCUCGCCAAAGUCAAGAAGAUAUUCGUCGGGGGCCUAAAAGAGGACAUCGAGGAGAACACCCUCACCGAGUAUUUCUCGCAGUUUGGCAUGAUCGAGAAAUCCGAAGUCAUCACCGACAAAGACACCGGCAAGAAACGUGGGUUCGGCUUUGUCCACUUCGAAGAUAACGACUCGGCCGACAAAGCCGUCGUGCUCAAGUUCCACAUGAUCAACGGACACAAGGUGGAGGUCAAGAAAGCGCUCACGAAACAAGAGAUCCAGGCCGCCGGCGGAGCUCGGGGCGGCAGAGGGAGAGGUGGAGGAAGAGGUAUGGGCCGGAAUCAAAAUGGCUUCGGCGGCGGGAGAGGAGGCUACGGCGGCGGCUACGGGGGUGGUUAUGGCGGAGGCUACGGCAGCAGUGAUGGCGGCUACGGCGGCGGCUAUGGAAGCGGAGGCUACGGAGGAGGAUACGGGGGUGGAUACGGAGGAGGCUACGGCGAUCAGAUGGGAGGCUAUGGCGGUGGUAACGGUUACAGUGACUUUGGCAGCGGAUACGGCCAGCAGUCCUCCGGCUACGGGCCCAUGAAGGGGGGUAGCACGUACGCCGGCAGAAGCGGAGCCCCUUACCCUCGUGGCGGCGGCGGCGGGCCUGGUUACGGCAGGGGUGGCUACGGAGGCUACUAAAGCUGGGUUGGAAAAAGACUCCGAAAGCUGUCCCCCUAGGUUCUCUCGGUUUCCACAUUGGGCUCAUUCACCCGGCCAUGCAAGAGAUGGCGGACACUGUGAAAGCAUACCUUAAAGACCUCAAUUCUUAACAGGCGACCUUGGAUGCCGGACUCUGCCCACAUCAACUGUGGCCAUGGAGUUUGGUUAUCUGCAUAUUAGUUAUGAUUUAAAUAAUGAAGGACUGAAGUGGUGAUGACAUUGAAUUCUUAAUGUAUUUUUUUUUAUUCUUAUUUUAUGAAUGUUUACAUUUUAAUAAAAAAAAAAAAAAAAAAAUUGAAA